UCGACGUGACUCAAAGCAGUCACAAAGUGUGUGUGAGCAGCCCUUUUUCUUCUUCUGCUGUGUGCACAUUGCAGUGGUGGUGCAACAAUAGCCAGCUGCGGGCUGUGUGUACAUUCCGCCGCUGGGUGUCUGCACUCAGGCUUCACUGUAGACAACAGAGUCGGUCUGGUCGGUCUGUCCGUAUUUUCCGGAAGAGAGGGUGUGACACAUGGGACACAUCUCGGGUCAGCAGCUGAUCCUGCCUUCUCGCUCGCACAGAAGCCUGUAUGUUUGCAUUCCUGCGAGUGUAUAUUAAUCAUCGGCUGUGAGUGGAGUGAAUCAAACAAGCGGGACAUCCCUCCCUUUGGAUCCCUUUGACUGGAAACGCUUAAAGGGGCUCAAACACGCCCGAGCACUCAUUUGGCUCUGGUGGGACGCUGAACGCUGCGACCGGAGGCUGGUCCAGGUCACGUUGAUGCUGGUGUUCCCCAGUGCUCUCUCCGCCACCUGCUCCUGCGCCGCUCCCACCCCCCCGCCUGCCCACCAUGGCUAUGAGCAGUGACCCUGGCUGUGAGAGGCUGGACCCCGACUCUGACAAACAGACCAGCAGUCUCACAGACAUCAUGGCCGCCAUGACGACAAAAGACUCUGACGGCUCUACUACCAACGGCGUGAGGAAUGGCAGUGCUCAGCAGGACGGGGCUCAGGCCAAGAGGACCCACGCACUGCGACCUCAUCUGACUGGGAGGAAGUUGUCGCUGCAGGAGAGAGGCACCUACAUGUCUUCAGGAGGAGGAUACACGCACAUAUCCCCUCGCGUGGCUCGCAGGCCCACCGUGGAGUCUAAACGUGUGUCCAUAUCAGAUGCUCAAGACUGCAUCCAGUUGAACCAGUACAAGCUGAAGAGUGAGAUUGGAAAGGGCUCCUACGGUGUGGUCAAACUUGCCUACAAUGAGGAUGAUGACAAACAUUAUGCCAUGAAGCUGGUGUCCAAGAAGAAGCUAGUGAAGCAGUGUGGUUUUCCACGUCGCCCACCCCCAAGAGGACCUAAGGUGGCUCAAGGAGAGCAGCCCAAAAUCUUAGGACCCCUGGAGAGGGUCUACCAAGAGAUCGCCAUCCUUAAAAAACUGGACCAUAUCAACAUUGUGAAGCUGGUGGAGGUACUGGAUGAUCCAGCGGAGGACAACCUUCACAUGGUGUUUGAGCUGAUGCCUAAAGGUCCAGUGAUGGAGGUGCCCUCAGACAAUCCUUUGUCAGAGGAGCAGGCGAGGUUAUUCUUCAGAGACGUCAUCCUGGGCAUAGAGUACCUGCACUACCAGAAGAUUGUCCACCGGGACAUCAAGCCAUCUAACUUGCUACUAGGGGAUGAUGGCCAUGUGAAGAUAGCAGAUUUUGGGGUCAGCAAUCAGUUUGAGGGCAACGAUGCACUACUGUCGAGCACUGCUGGCACUCCUGCAUUCAUGGCACCAGAGACCCUUUCAGACGCGCGGAAGAGCUUCAGUGGAAAAGCGCUGGAUGUGUGGGCCAUGGGAGUUACUCUCUACUGUUUCCUCUUCGGGAAGUGCCCCUUUAUUGAUGAGUACAUAUUGGCUUUGCACAAUAAGAUACGGACCAAGCUUGUGGAUUUCCCAGAAACACCAAAUAUCAGUGAAGAGCUGCGGACUUUGAUCUUGCGGAUGCUGGACAAGAACCCAGACAACAGGAUCACCAUCCCUGAGAUCAAGAUGGACCAGUGGGUGACCCAGGGAGGCACUGACCACUUGCCUCUGGAGGAGGAGCACUGCUCUGUGGUGGAGGUGACAGAGGAGGAUAUCCAGAACUCAGUCAAGUUUGUCCCCAGCCUCUCUGCAGUGAUUUUGGUGAGAGCCAUGCUGAGGAAGCGCUCCUUCAGUAACCCCUUCGAGUGUCCGAGCAGGAGAGAGGAGAGGUCCAUGUCUGCACCUGGCAGCCUGCUCAUGGACUCGUGGCCCUUCCGGCCCACUUUAAAACUUCACCCCUCACUCAGAAAGGGCAGCACAGGAGAUGGACCCAGAGAAGGAGAGCUGGAGGACCUGCAUGAAGACGAGCCCUCCUCUUGAGUCUUAAUGACGCUCCUGUCAGCAGUCUUGAACUCCAUCCUCUUUACAUCCCUCCUUGAACCACUGUGUGCUCACCCUACACUACACACUUUCAUUGUACACACUGGAUAGACUGAAGGUUUACAUCUCGUAUGCUCGGCCCUGCUUAUAGAUUUUGCUUCUCGUUAGCCUCAGAGUAUCCUUUCUCACCCCAAUUUGCUCUUUUCCCUUCUCCAACGUCGAGUCUCCGCGCAGUAAGUGUGAUCUACAAUGUUGCUUGUCUGAACUGAUCAACCACUUACUGUUGAGACUAGCAUCAGUGAACCGACACGAGGAACUCUGGAAUUUCUGGAUCAUUGAGAGUUGAAAUUAUUGUUGCAGAAGAAAGACACAAACAUGUUUGUCAGCUGGCAUUACACUGUAAUGUGGGAGAGAAAACUGUCAAAUCUUUAUUUUCCCGUCUGCAUGGAUGAAUAGUGAGACCUCAUCAUCAGACUGUCUAUUGCCGGCCUGACGAAGAGAAUAAUCAUCACAGACUUCAGCAUGUAAAUGACAUUAUAAUGUCUCUUCAGUGAACUACUACUGGGCUUUUUUAUUUCUGAUCAAUGAUCAGUCAUGUUAAUGUUGUACAUAGAUGUCCUGAGGUUCAUCAACGUUAUCGUCUCACAGCUCUAUUUUCUAUCUGUGCCAUCAGGAGCUUUUUCUUUGGAGCUCGGUAAUAGUACUUCCUGUGCUGCCUUCAUAGGUCCGACUUGUUGAACUUCUCUGAUAGGACAGAAAUGAAGUCAGCUGUCUAAGGCGAUCACUCAGAAAGGGCAGGGACUUUGCUGUGUUCGAAUACAUUAAAAGUGACUUUUGUGUAAUUAUUUCUUUUAGAAGUUAAUUCCCCCCUCCUCUUCUCCAACUCUUGUUUAAAUAUUGUCUCCAA